AUGUCGAACAUAAUCAACGAUAUCAAAUUAGAUUACAAAGAUGUUUUAAUACGCCCGAGAAGAAGCACUCUCAGAAGCAGAGCGGAAGUCGACCUAUUCGUUGAAAUGAAAUUCCGAACUUCUCAACGUAUUUACAAGGGUAUUCCCAUUAUGGCGUCAAACAUGGACAGUACGGGUACAUUUAAGAUGGCCAAGGCACUUUCAAAGCAUGGGCUCUUUACGGCGAUUAAUAAAUACUACAGCUUGGAAGAAUGGAAAACCUUUGCAGCUUCAAGUCCUGAAUGUCUGAAUAAUGUUGCCGUGUGUGCGGGGAUAGGUCCUGGUAACUUCGAACGACUUUCGGAUAUUAUUAACGCCAUUCCAGAGCUGUCAACAAUUGCCAUAACUAUUGCAAACGGGCAUAUUCAACCCUUCGUUGAAUUCGUGAGGAACGUUCGGUCCGCCUACCCAAACCACACAAUUAUGGCUGGAAGCGUGGCAACCCCAGAAAUGGUCGAAGAGUUGAUAUUGUCCGGUGCUGAUAUCGUCAAAGUAGGCAUUGGCGGGGGAUCUGUGUGUACCACUCGCUUGAAAACCGGUGUUGGCUAUCCCCAAUUGAGCGCUGUGCUUGAAUGCGCGCACGCUGCGCAUGGCGUAGGUGGGCACAUCAUUGCAGAUGGAGGUUGCACCUGCGUCGGAGAUUUGGCCAAGGCGUUCGGAGCCGGUGCUGACUUCGUUAUGAUCGGGGGAAUGUUAGCAGGUCACGAUCAAUGCGGUGGAAAAGUUGUAGAAAGAGAUGGAAAACGAUAUUCUCAAUUUUAUGGAUUGUCUUCUAGUGCCGCAAUGGAAAAACACUACGGUGAAGUUGCAGAAUACAGGGCCGCUGAAGGAAGAGCCGUGGAAAUUCCGCACAAAGGCGACGUUGAAGCAACGAUAUUAGAUAUAUUGGGUGGCUUACGUUCAACGUGCACGUAUGUGGGAGCAAAUCGACUCCAAGAACUUCAUCGACAGACGACAUUCAUACGUUGUACGCAACAGCUAAACCCAAUUUUCGGACCACCUCCAUCAAAAUAAACUAUAAUC